GAGGGGCAGCGCGCUCCUCCGGGAGGGCUAGAGCGGCCGAGCCGCGAAGCGCAGCCGCGAGCGCAGCGGCCGGAAGUGACGUCAUGGCGGAGGCCUGCGGGCGGCAUGGCAGCAAAGACACCUGACAUCACAACCCCCAGGAAGCCUGUCUUAUCGGUCAGCGCGAGGAAGCUGAAAGACAAUGCAGCCGACUGGCACAACUUGAUCCUGAAAUGGGAAAGCCUCAGUGACGCUGGCUUUGCCACCGCCAGCAGCAUCGCCAACCUGAGACUCGGCUUGCUCAAUAAAGAUAAGGCAGAACUGGAGAGCAGCAGCCCAGCAUGGAGUGAGGCUGAAGACAAGGUGCAUGUGGAACAUAACAAGGAACUUGAGAGCCUCUGUGAGGACCUACAAGCUACCCUGGAUGGCUUGACCAAAGUACAGAUGAAAAUGGAAAAGUUGUCUUCAACUACCAAAGGAAUUUGUGAACUAGAAAAUUACCAUUAUGGGGAUCAGAGUCAGCGGCCUCCUCUGUUUCACACAUGGCCAACAGCCCAUUUCUACGAAGUCUCCCGCAGGCUGGCUGACAUGUACAGGCAGGAGCUGCUCCUGAAGCGCACCGUGGCAGAGGAGCUGGCGCACACCGCCGACCGUGACCUCUCCCUGAGCUACUUGUCCAUGUGGCUGCACCAGCCCUACGUGGAGAGGGACAGCAAACUGCAUCUGGAAAGCAUGCUGCUUGAAACGGGGCACCGAGCACUGUGACCUCCCGGCACGGUGGCGUGGUGUCAGUGAACGCCCC